AUGAGAAUACGGACGAGUAAGCGACGGGAAUUUGUUCUCCGGGGAUGGCGUGUGCAAAGGCCGUUGGUGCAUUAUUUACAAGGGGCGUGGAUGUUGUAUGUAAGGACAUAUGCAGAGUAUCAUCAAGGAGUUGAUAAUAAGGCAAACCACGCGGGUGAGGGAUGGGCCGAGGUCCCGAUGCGGGUUAGUAGGCGGGCAAACAUCCCUGGAAGUCUGUUUGCCAGAUGUCGCUCAUCAUCAUCAUCAUCAGCAGCAGCAGCAGCGGUACCCAGCAAAGAGCCCAAUGGGGACGGGCGUGUGUGUUUGUUCGCAAUGCAGACAAGCGUAGCGUACUUGGUCGCGUCACGCAAGAAGCGACAACGGCGAGGAUAUGCAGGUGAGGGAGGCACUGGGGCGAUUGCGAAUGCCCAGGGCUGGCAAAAUCUCCACUUGGUGCUCUGA